CCACACUCGCGACUAAACCUACGUAAAGUGUUCACGAUGUUUCUCAACACCACAGACACAGCAGCAAAUCGCAAUACAGUACGCUGUACCCACACGAAUCCCCAUAUUCCCAGGUUACAUACCGAGGCAAGAUCCAGCGUCGAAUCCACCUACGUACAUACAUACAUACAUACAUACAUACAUACAUACAUACAUACAUACAUACAUACAUACAUACAUACAUACAUACAUACAUACAUACCCAUGCUUACACGAUCCCCCCUCGUGUCGACGUCGGUUCGCAAACGUCACAACAACUUCGCCCCUGUCCAGUUCAGUAAUCACAAAAGCCAAAAAAAAACCCCUCCUCCACCCCCACCGAAACAGAAGAGAGAUCGAUAUUAGGUAUGUAAGUAUGCUAACGUACGACUCGACACCGCUUAUCCAAUUACCAAUUAUCCAUGCAUAUCAAUAACUACCUGCCAAUAACUAGUCCUUAAAUUUUGCUAUGUACAGUAUGUAUGUACCAGGCUUGUCUGUCAGACGGGAGAUGCUGACACAUACCCGUUCUAAUAAUACGAAGGAACAUCUGGACGUCAAGGUACAAUACGUAUGUACCGACAUGUGUGUAGUUACAUAGGUAGUUGUUACCUGGGUAGCACGUUCAGACUCAGCAUGC